AUGUGGGAGUUUCAUCAUCUUCGAGAAGAACUGGGUCUCCUAUCGGAGAUAAAUGCUUCGAAUCAAGAAGAAACAGCUUCACCUUUCGCAUCCGUCGUAUCAGAAGGUCUAUACUCAGCUCAGACUUUCGAUUUGACACCUCAAGAUGUCGAUUUGGUACUCGAAAAUGUUAGGCCCUUCUUGAUCUCCGACGGUGGUAACGUCGACGUUGUCUCUGUUGAAGAUGGUGUAGUUUCUUUGAAAAUCCAAGAGUUGGAAUCAAUCACUGAUGCAGGAUAA